AUGGACCUCCUCCUGGCGAAGGCAAUUUGCAUAUUCACCUUCCUCUGUGUGGCAACGUUCGGAUGCUCAAUCCCAUACCUCAUAGGGCUCCUUGGGAACAAAAAGAAUGCCGAACAUGAAAAUAAAAUCAAGGGGAUCCUAUCCAACUUAAACUGCUUUGGAUCCGGCUUCAUCUUCUCCAUCGUCAUGUUUCACCUCCUCCCCGAGACCAUUAUCAUUGUGAGUUCUCACAAACACAUUGUCUUAUUUAAUUCUUCCGACCCAGAAACGAAAACGCUGUUUACUUUUUUUUUUGUUUUUCUUGGCUUUGCUAUGCAACUGGCCUUGGAGUAUGUCCUCCCUGUGGAUGGCAACAUGUGCUGUGUGGUCAACGACAAUGUCAAGUCGAUGCUAGACGAUAAUUUUUCUAAAAAUAGGCCCCAAAGCAAAAAGGGUGACGCCGUCAGCCUCGAGAUGCACAGCGUGACCGUGAACGAACAUCAGUACCACCACGCAUGCGACAGCGAGUACUUCAACAAGCAACAGAACAUCGUGAAGUUUCUGCACGUGCUGACUCUGCAGUCGUUUUUUCUGACCAUAUCUCUGGCGGUGCACUCGUGCAUUGAGGGAGUGAUCGUUGGAACAUCAGACGACGUAAACUUCGUCUUUAUAAACUCCUUUUGCAUUUUGUCGCACAAGUGGAUCGCAGGGGUGACGGUCGCCCUCUCUCUGAAUCAGAACAACAUAAGCAAAAACCUGAAGAUCAUCCUGCUGAUCAUUUUCAUUUUCUCCUCCCCUCUGGGGAUCAUCAUUGGACACCAAAUAAAAUCAUCAGGCGAGAAGGUGACGUGCCUGAUUAAUGCUGUUUCUAUCGGGACACUGCUCUUCAUCGGAUGCGAGAUUUUGCUAAACGAAAUAAAGCAAAAGUUCAGUCGCAAGAUACGAUUGGCUAAAUGGCUCAGCUUUUGCUCCUCGUGCGUAAUUGCCUUUCUUCUCAUUAUGGUGACGCGGCACCUGGCCCCGCACACUCACGCGCACAGUAACGAUGAUGGUUACGGUCACAACCAUUACGGCGACGAUCACCACGGCCACCACCACCACGCCCAUUAA